AACGUCAUCACCGCGCGCCGUUACCGGCGGGCCAAGAUGGCGGCGCCCGGCGGCAGCGGCGGCGGGGCCGCCCGGUACUGCCUGGUGAGCGGCAUCCCGGCCGCGCUCCGCUCCGCGCACCUCCGCGCCUACUUCAGCCAGUUCCUGGAGGCCGGCGGCUUCCUCUGCUUCCACUACCGGCACCGCCCCGAGCGCCCGCCGGCGGGCGGCGGGGCCUCGGCGCCGCGCACCUGCUGCUGCCCGGUGUCCGUGCGGCCCGGCCGUGCCCGCCGCUUCGUCCGCAUGUACUCGGGCAAGCGCUGGGUCGGACCCGGCGGCGCCACGCUGCCCGGCCGCUGCCUCAUCCGCAGGGUCCGCCUGAGCGCCGGGACAGGUACGGGCGGGAGCAGGAUCAGGAGCAGGACCAGGAUCCAGCGCUGGCCGGCGGCCGCCGGCACGCCGCUCACCGAGGCGCAGCUCCGGCGGCUCCCUGAGCUGAACCCGCCCCCGUUCAUGCCCCGGGGCAACGUGGGCACGCCCCGCAGCGAGUUCCUGGAGCUGAUCCGGGCCUGCCGGCUGCCGCCCCGCCUGAUCUCCCGGCUGCAGCUGGACUUUCCCCGCAGCGGCUCCUGCCGCCGCUACGGCAGCGUGCCCUUCCGCUACCCCGGCAGCCAGGCGGUGGCCGAGGGACGGGGCGUGUACACGGCCGCGGGGGAUGAGAUCACCGAGGCACCGGAGCCCCCGGGGCUGACUCAGCCCGCCCAGCCCCAGGAGGAUGAUGAGGAGGGGCCGGAGCAGGAGGAAGAGGAGUCAGGCUCGGAUGAUGACGAUGACACGUGUGAGGAGUGGCAGCGGCACGCGGCGCUGCACGAGGACGUGACGCAGCAGGAGCGGCUGCGGGAGCGCCUCUUCGAGGAGGAGAUCGAGCUCAAGUGGGAGAAGGGCGGCUCUGGCCUCGUCUUCUACACAGAUGCCCAAUUCUGGCAGGAGCAGGAAGGAGACUUUGACGAGCAGACAGCUGACGACUGGGACGUGGACAUGAGCAUCUACUAUGACAAAGAUGGAGGGGAUAAGGAUGCCCGGGACUCGGUGCAGAUGUGGCUGGAGCGGCGGCUCCGGGACGGGCUGGAGGAUGGCUCCGUGUCAGGGCAGCCCAUUGGCAGCUUCGAGAGGCACACCAAGGGCUUUGGCAGGAAGGUCCUGGAGCAGCAGGGCUGGACAGAGGGGCUGGGCCUGGGGAGCAGCAACUCCGGGAUGGCCGAAGCUCUGGACAACGAGGGUCAGAACCCCCGGUGCAAGAGGGGGCUGGGGUACCACGGGGAGAAGCUGCCAACUUUUAUCAGGAGGAAGAAGCCCCGUGCUGACACUUCUGUUGUCAUCUCCACCAUCUACGAUGACCCUGAGCCCCAGGACAUGGGUGACCAGCUGCUCAGGCGCCAGCCCCCCACGGCCAUGAAGUACAGGCAGGACAUGGCCUUUGUCCGAGCGUCCCAGCCCGCCCUGGGCAGCCUCAGGGCCCAGCCACGCUGAGCAGGGACUGUCACAGCCUCUGUCCUGCUCCCCAGUCCAGGCUGGCUCCUGGUCUCAGUGCAGAGCAGGGUCUUUGUAUACUUACUUUUAGUAAGAAUGCAGAUUUGUAAUAAAAAUCACUGCGGUGGGUUUUUUUUUCCCACUAAUUGAACCCGUCAAA